AUGCUGUGGCUCGUGUUGGCGGUGGCAGUGUUUGCCCUUCUGACGAUCAAGACGCUCCCGUUCGCGUACUUUGCCCGCUUCUACUUCCAGGUGCUCGUCACGGUCUUCUUGCCGAUGGCGCGGUUCUUCCGCAAUGGCAAGCAAAACACGUUUGGCUUCACCAAGCCCGGCGACGUGUUCUCGUGGGUGCCGUACCACCUGUACGUGCUGCCCCUCGAGAUCGACAUGUACUUGCACAAGCUGAACCUGACCUACUUCGCCGAUCUCGACAUUGCCCGCACCAAAUUGGUUUGCCAGAUCAUGCAGCGGAUGUUUAUUCGGUUCCGCAACAAUGACACUGGCGAGUUCAAGGGGAAGCUGGUCAAGAACUUUCCGUUUGUCCCCGUGGCGCUGAUCAAAGGGCUGUUCAAGCGCGAGAUGCUCGUGUUUUCUCGCUUCCAAAUCAAGUCCCGCUUUUUCGGGUGGGACGAUAACAAAUGGGUCUACGUGGUGUCUAAGUUUGUCACUGGUAGCGGCAAAAAUGAAAAAGUGAUGGGCAUUUUUGUCACCAAGUACUGCUUCAAGAAGAAAGGCCGCAUCACCAUCCGCCCGCGGGAAAUCUUACAGGAAAGCGGGUUCUUCACCGAGGAAGUGUACCAGCAGGGGCUCAAGCAAGGCGAGACCGCCUGGACCGACGACUGGGAUACCCUUUGUAAGAUUGCCGACGCCACCGAUUAG